AUAAUUAUUUUUUUUUGGAUUGUUUAAUGUUAAAAGAUUGUUGUCUACUUUGUUACGUGUGUGUAAAAAUCGAAGAGAAGUCAGCUUAUGCCGGAUUAAAAGUUGUCCCAUACAUAUUGCAAAUAUUCGCGCCAUUUUUUGUUUGUAUUUUUCUAAUUACGGCGCUUUAAGAUGAAGGUGUCCUUUAGAAUAGAUGACAAUAAUAACAGAUCAGCGGUUCAGCUGGAGCCGGAUAUAAUAUAUCGAAUCGGACGCAGAUUGGGACUGGAGUUGCACAGUGACGAUGAGACCAUGGAGCUUGCACACGCCACAAUUGCUCUUUUGGCCGAUGGGAACGUCCGGCUCUCAGCUGUGGCCGGCAAGGUUUUUGUGAAUGGCCUAGAAACGGGAGAGGAAAUCAAAAACAUAAGCAAAAUAGAUGCCGUUGAUGGAAUCGUUAAUUUGAGCUUUGGCAAAGUUGCAGCCAAGCUGCACUUUAAUGCUGUCAAUCAUUUGGAUAUCGAAGCUGCCUACGAUACGAGCGGCUUUGAGGAGAGCACAAAAGACAAGACUGUGAAUACGACUGCUGAUAGCUUGAACAUUCCUGAAACGGAGCCUCAAUCGAUAAACACUACGGGCAAUCGGGACAGUUUCAUUAUUCCGGAGACCCAGUUUGUUAAUCUCAAUCGCUCUUCAAUGGCUAGCAAAGCGUCGAUGUCUUCAAUGGGGGAAGAUUUUCUAAUACCCGAAACUCAAGAUGUUCUAUUAGAAAAUCCUGUUCAAUUGCAACAACAUCCAGACAAAAACAUUGCCAGCGACGAGGAGUCUUCAGAGCUGGGCACCCAAAUACGUAUUUGCACACAGGACUUCAAUGAGAUCAAUGAAGAUGCUAUCGAUGAUUUUGACUCGUCUCUUUUGCUUGGCGAUGGUGGGCUUACAGUGCUUCCAACUCUAGGCCAGGCGAAGGAUAACAAGAAUGGUGCUGACUUGGAAAUGAGUGCCUUAAAUUGGUCUGCAUCCAAUUCAAAAUGCACUGCUUUAAACAGUACCAAGGCUGAUGAAGUCUCUACGCGUGGCGACAUCUGCCUAACACCAGAUCAAUCUGUUGCCGGACAACGAUCCAAUGAACUUGAAGAUGUCCCCUCCACGCCAGACAUAUUCGAAUUGAUCGGAGAUGAACCCAAUGAGCGACAAUCAAAUGAGCCUGGCACAUCAAAUCGAGAUGACACCCAGCAGCUUUCCGUGGCUAAGCUGCCGGCAGCUGCCAAUAUUGAGACGCCAGAGUCCAAUCCUUUGGAGCAGGAAGAUAAUUCGCAAGAUUUCAUUGAAACGCAGGCGUUUCCCGCGCGAAACGCAAUUUCUGUGCAGCCGAAUUUACUUGACAGCGAUGAUAGCAUGCAGGAAUUCUUUGAAGCGCCACGAUUGAUUACUGGAUUUAUUGAAAACCAGGCAACAACGGCUAUGGCAAAGCCCAAUCAAAGCAGUGCCACAAGAUUGAGUAUCGCAGCUCAAGUACACAACAAUUUCGAGGACUUCAUUGAAACGCAGCCAUUCCCCACUAAAAAACCACUAACUACGUCCUCCCCAUAUACCAAGGCGAAUAAAACUCCAGAAAAUAUGCAGGACUUUAUUGCCACACAGGCAUUUAUUAGACCCCCUCCAAAAUCCAUGCCUAAAUCAAAUGAAAUAUUGAGGCCAAAUUUAAAUAGUUCUGCCGAAAUUCAUAGUAACGAGGACCUGAAGGAGACUCAAUUAUUUAUACCUCCCACGAAGAAGACUGAUAAAACUGCUGAUAAUGAAAACGUAGCUGAUUCCCUCCAGUUUUCCCUCAACUUAAGUUUGAGAGAUGAUUUAGAUGCAGAGCUCAAAGAACUGAUUUCAUUGUCUCCCUUGAUGAACACACCAUCCGACUUUGAGCAACAAAAUAAGUUUGAUUUUGAUGAAGACAAAAUGCAGGAAAAGAAGAUAAGUCAAUCUAAGGAAGUCCCAAUUCAACCAGGCAGCAAACAAGGAGCUCAACAGAAAGCAGCAAAAAACUCCGGUUGUAAACGUUCUGCAACACGCUCAAAAUCACCGGAAAUGUCACCAAGCAAAAAAAAUUGCACUGAACAAUUGCCAGAGUCAUCGACUUUACCAGGAAAAGCAGUCGCUGAAAUCAAAACACCGGCAAUAGCAACAAGGACGCGACAAAAGCGGUGUACCGAGUCAAGCGGAGAGCCAACAGCACCUCCGAAAAAGGCGAGGAGCCAAAGAACACUGCCAACUGUUGCCAGCACUGUCGACGCAAUAACAAAGACAGGUAAAUCUGCAGAUGAGCAAGUAUCCAAUGAACGUCGCCACGGUAGACAACGCAAAACUUCGACAAUAACACCAAAGUUGACAGAGUCCUCGAGCGAGACGAAUACUGAAUCAACGCAUCAGAGCGAAGAGUCUGUGAAAGACCUGAAGAGGAGCGACACUGAAUCUGCAAGCGGCAGCAAAGUAAGUAAAGAACGAAAAUUAAAGCAAUCCAAGGAUGACAAGCCGUCGAUUGGGGAGGCAACAAAACCAGUAAGCCGCAGGGCAGGACAGAAAUCUCAUAUAGGUGACGUUGUAAUCAAAAUAAAACGACAAAAAAUUUCAACAAGCAUGAAUAGUGCUCUUCAAGAAGACACAUCAUUCGCUGCUGCAACAAGCAAAGAAAAGGCUAUGACCAGCACCUCUCAGGAGGUGGCAAAUGCCAGCAGCAAGAGAGCGGCUCGAGUACGCAAGACUGUGAACAGCAGCGAAAUCUCACAGGAAGAGGAGCCAUCGACUAGUGCUGAGGCCCGAAAACUUAGUAUUCGCAGAAAAAAUCUGCCACGUAAAGGUCAACUGAAAGAUAUAAACGACUACAUUAAGAAUAUAAAAAGUUCUGGACGAAAAAUAAGGUUGUCACUAACAAUGUGCAAUAAUGCGGAACUGCACACAGUAUUGAGUUAUCUAAGAAAUAACGUUGAAAUUAGUAAUGAUCCAUUAACCUGCGAUUUGCUAAUCAUGGAUAAGGGCGAACGCACAUAUAAGUUUUUGGUUGCAAUUGCAUCGAACAAGCCCGUUUUAUCGUCUCGCUGGCUGCACGCGCUGAGGGAAACCCGUUCCAUUGUUGUGAAAUCAGAGCACAUCUUCAGCGAUGCGAAGUUUGAGGAUAUCUUUAAGUUUAAACCCUUAUCAGUAUUGGAAAAACCCAGUUUAUUGAAAGGUCUCAAUUUUAUGCUAGGCAACGAUAUACUGCCAAAUGCUAAUGAAAUGAAAGCCAUUAUUCAAUGCGCCGGGGGACAUGUGUACACAAGAGCGCCUUCUGUUGCAAGCAUUGUGCCAUUCUAUGUGGUAACGAGUAAGAAGGAGAAGAAACUAUGGUCACAUCUCAGGGACUACACGAAUGUACACUAUAUAAAAACUGAAGGCGUUAUGCAAGCCUUAUUGCAAGUCAAUCUAGAGCUGCUGGAUGAGCACAAGCUCACAUUCUAAUUUAAAAACAAUUUUCCUCCAAUUUACACAUACAUAAUAUGUAAAGUACUUUGUUAACAAAUCAUUGAAAUUGUAGAAUUAUUAUUGCAUGAUCAGUUUGAACAAGUCGAGAAAGAUUGACUUCAACUGC